ACCGAAAAGGUCGCCGGGUAAUCACAAUGGCGGCCCGGUUUUGAUGCAAAAGCUAGAGACCGGCUGCCGGUAUGCUGUUAAAAUAUGCCCUUAGCCAUGCAUCCCUGUACCUAUAACACCUUCCCAUAGCCAAGUAACCUUUGUGGACUCCUUUGUGGAGCCAAAAUGCUCCGUUACAAUUGCUAGCGAGUGGUUUUCGGCUAUUUGAAGACGGGGCAAUGGGCUCUGUACGAGUCCCAAGUACGGCUCGGAAUGAGGGAGACUACGAGGAUAAAGAUUGGCCGGAUUUCGCUUGCGGAGCUGGUGCGUCCGUCAUCAAUAUAAUAUGCACAUUCCCAGCUUACAAAGUGAUGUUCAGGCAGCAAAUAGAGGCGUUAAAGCUGAACAAAGCAGUCAAACAGUUGCUUCGAGAAGGCAUCCCUAAUAUUUACCGAGGGGUCAUCCCCCCUCUGCUGCAGAGAGGCACGUCUUUGUCCAUAAUGUUCGGUGCUUAUCAUAAAUUCCAGAGAAUUCUAUCUCGGUCUUUUCCUAGUACUGGUACCGGAGUGGUGAAUGCAUCUGCGGCGAUGUUAGCUGGAACUGCUGAGGCCAUGUUGACUCCCUUCGAAAGAGUACAAAUCUUACUAUCACAUCGCGACUACAAUGAGAAGUUCUCCAACACCGCUCAUGCUUUCAAAGUUAUACGUACACAGUAUUGUUUUAAGGAAUAUUACCGUGGUUUGACUCCCAUACUAAUGCGUAAUGGACCAUCAAAUGUGUUAUUUUUUGGUCUACGUGGACGUAUUAAAGAGGUUCUACCAGAAGCCAAGACACAAGUAGGAAAUACAGUUAAUGAUUUUUUGAGUGGCGCAGUGCUGGGAGCUUGCCUGAGUACCUUGUUCUACCCGGUGAAUGUCGCUAAGAAUCAUAUGCAGAAACAACUGGGAGGGGAGUUUACCGGAUUCUUCAGGACGUUGCAAAUAGUGUAUACUGUUAGAGGCCGGAGGGUGCGAAAUAUGUAUUAUGGACUACCAUUGAAUUUUUCUAGAGCUCUUGUCUCAUGGGGAAUCAUCAAUUGCUCUUAUGAGCUACUCAAGAAGCUUAUUAUAGUAGUUAGAACCUAGGUAUUCUAUUAUGGGGUACAUGCCAAUGACUUUAUAGGAAAUUUUUGAUUGAAGAAUUUUAUACUUGGAAACAGAUUGUGUGUACCUUUCAAACGCUGCUAAAUGAUGCUAAUGCUUAAUCAAGUUUCCAUCCAUUUUGCAUUUGGUAGCUCCAAAUAAAUUGUGCUCAGAUACAAAGCACUCUAAUUGGUUAUCUUUUAGUGAAUAACGUCAACUUUGUGAAGUAACAGUUCACACACACACAUUCUGGCCAUAACAGAACAAAUACAUUGAUUCAUGUUCCUACAGUACACUAAACUCUGUAGCCAGUAAACCAGGAAUUCAAUAGCAACAAGGCAACCAUUAAGACAAUUAAUUAUUUCUUCCAAAGGUGAACACAUAUUACACUUGAUGAGAAACCUUAAUAAUGAGUUAGCCUCUACAAGAGGUUAUUUGACUUCAAUAGAGGUUCUACCUUAUAGUGUGUCUGCCUAGGACAAAGUGCUUGGUCUUGUUUCAUGUCUAUGAAUCCUGGUUGUCAGAAUGAGUGGAUAUUUUGGGAAAUUCUCACAGAACCAAAAAUGUUUAAUUGUCUCAAUAAGGGCUGCUUGAAUGAAAAACUGAAUCUCGAGUAUUUGAUGUAUUACUAGGGGGGGGGGGGGGGGAUUUUAAAUAUCAGACAAAAGGGAACAAAUUAUUGUUUGAAUUAGUCUCUAUCAGCUGCCAUUUUGUCCUUAUAGUAAAGUAACAAGUGUGAGAAAGUUUCCAUUUCAAGUAGCUGAUUUGUGGAAGCUGUUGCACAUUUGGUAAAUGAUGAAGUAAAAAAACUUUGUAUUUGGAUGGUUAUUUUGAAGCUUCAUCACAUAAUUAGGUGUGGCUGAUAAGGGCUUUUUAAUUGUUUCACUGGAUUUUAAAAGUUUUGAGCUGCUAAAAGUUUCAUGAAUUGAGACGAUCUAUUAGCACAUUAGUGUUGGCAAAUGGUAAAUCUACCAAAGUAUUUUAAAAGGAGCCCCAGGCAUCUGGAUAUACUUUGCAUAGUAGAUUCAUAGUGUUUUAAUGAUCAGCAAAAGGCUCAGCCUGCUAGCUCAAUAUAUUUAGCUAGAGGUUCUCUAGCUGUGCUUGACAAACUGAAUCGAUUUAGACUUUGAACUCUUCACGUGCCCAAACAAUUAGAUUUGACAUGGCAGGAGUGUGACUUGAAUCAGGCCUCAAUCUCCUAGCUUGUUAUAUUGGGCUAGAGGGCAGAAGUGUGACUUGAAUCAGUCCUCAAUCUGCUAGCUUGUUUUACUGGGCUAGAGGGCCUGUGAAUAAGGGGAGUGACCCAUCCAUAAUUUAAAUCAAUUCUAUAAAAAGAAAGAGUAAGCAAGCUUAGAUGAAGAAAAUAUAUUUGAUCCUUUCCCAAAAAAAUUGCCUGAUUUUUGCCAUUUUUAGAAACCAUUUGCCAGCACUAAAGAAGGGAAUUUUUUUACAAAAAGAUAUGAGUGUUCCUUCCAUCACCCAUUGUAUUCAUAAUUAUGCUUAACAGUAUCGAUGUGUUAUAUGUAUGCAGUCAAUAACAAUCAACAUUGGGCCAAACUUGAUUAUUAUUGAUUGGUAUAGGCUUAUUUUUUGUUAUUGAACUUCCCUAAUUCAAUUAUGCUAUAAGUUGAUUAUUUAUUGAAUAUUGUUAUCUAAACUAUUUACAAUUUCUAGUUUUAUUAUUCACAUAUUAGAUUGUUAUCAUUUCAAUUUGGCAUUGAUGAUGCCUGAUUAAAAACAAGAGUAUUUCAACAGUA